AAUUAACUCUGAUCCAAACACGUAUCGACAUGUGGCUGGUACAGUCUGAAUGUGGUUGUGUUUAUUUUCAGCUGACAGCUAGCUAGGAAAGAAUCAGCACCUGUGAAUGUCGCAAGUCAUUGAUUCGAUGGUGUCCAGCUAGAGCUAACUACAGCUAUGUCUGUGGCCUCUCUCCUGCGAAGUGCCAUGAGAGUGAGGAACAGACAUGUCGCUGCACAUUUGAUCCAUCAGAGAGCUCUUUCAGGGGCAGAUGCUAUCAAUGCACUUAGACCUUUCUACUUUGCAGUGCAUCCAGACUUCUUUGGCCAGCAUCCCAGGGAAAGGGAAGUGAAUGAAAAUUCCCUCAAGAGACUCAAUGGUUAUUUGGAAAACCUUCAGAAGCCGGGAACCCGCUCAGUCCAACCGACAAAGCUCACCUUUUAUGUCAGGGACACAAAGGAGAAGGAAGUCUUUCAGCAGGACAUCCUUCCCCCUGGUAAUGUCCUUUUAGCCUGCUUAAAAGGGUUCCGUUCGGUCAGCUUCACUCUGCAGACCAAGGAUGUCCUCACCACCGUAAUGGACGUGUUGAAGUCCUGCAGUCUAUCCAUAGAGCACAUGAACGGACUGAAGGCCAGCUCAGAGUCACCCAAGAGCCAGCAGCCAGUGGCUGGGCCUGGUAACCCUUUCUACAGGCCCAUCAAAUGGGACAAAAGCUAUUACAGCUUCACUGGCUUCAGAGACCCAGAGCAGGAGCUGGAGCAGGCCAAGAGAGUAGAGCCCACACUAAGCUUGUGGCUGAGAACCAAUGAGAAGGAGGCUAUGAAGAAGCAGAACGCCAGUCUCCCUCGACGGGAUGAGCUGAAGAGACUCAAGAAGGAAUUGUGUCAGAAAUUUGCCUUGGAAGAUAUCAGGUGGCAGCGCAGCUGGGGAGUUACUCACAGAUGCUGUCAGCUCCAGAGUCUGAGCCGCCUCUCCCAGCAGAACCCUGAGGCUGUGCUCAACCUGCGAGGACACACUAUAAUAUUCACUGACCAAUCAGGGAUGAAUGCCUCAGGACAUGUGAUGCUGGGAACAAUGGAUGUUCAUCACCAAUGGACAAAACUGUUUGAGAGUCUCCCCAGCUACCGUAGCCUGCACCAGCAGACAGAGUGGCUGAAGGAGAGGAUCAGCUAUGUGUUGGGAGGUAUCCAGGUGAUUGACAUAGAGAGACUGGGGCCUGUACAGCCUAUAGAGGAACACUGCAGCAUCCUCAACACCUUCCAUACGAGACUACUGGCCCGACGCCUAGCCCUGCACCCCAGGAGCAUGCAAGGCCUUGCCAUGACCCUGGAGAGUGACCACUCCAGCCCCAGCCUGCAUGAGAUGGGUCACUUCGUCAUCCCAGCCACCUGUGAGCCCAGCAGACUACAGGUUUUCCUCCAGAGCAUGGCCUGGGAGGCCCGACAACGAAUGAAACACCGGAACCAGCUGCAGGCAGAGGAGGAGGAGGUACUGCUCCACUGCCUGGAGAGUCUGGCCCUGAGGAGUCUGUCCAAGGAGCCCAGCGUCAGACACACCCAGAUGAUCCCCUGCUGCAGGCGGCUGCUGGAGGAACGCUCCCCCCUGAUGGAGGGCCUCCGGGUGGAGGUCUCCCACUUCUACUCUGUCAUGCAGGAUGGGGACUUGUGCAUCCCCUGGGACUGGAAGGGCUGAGGGGACAGGGCAGGGGACAUGCUGCAGCACACCUGGUUGAACCAGACUGAAUGCUGUGUUCACCAUGUCUACCAUCAGACUACGCUGCAGCUGCCACACAGAGAAACAAACCAACCGACUCUCGCAAGGUCAAUCACUUUAUACUUCUACUGGAGAGGACAGACAAACAGACAGAUACUAUUUUCAUGCUGAACCUGGGCCCGGUUUCCCAAAAGCAUCUUAAGGCUAAGUUCAUAGUUAUAACCUUCGUAGGAGCAUUGUUCAAUCUCUGAACUGUUUCUCAAAACCAUCGCUACUAAAGUUGCACUUGAAAAUU